AUGAACAUUGAAGGUCAUGUCAGAAACUUUGAAGCACAUGAACUACCAGCAAUGUUAGAUAAGAAAGCAGAUAAGAACCAUACACAUAAAUCCUUCACAACUGUUGGUAUAGAAAGUAUUGAAGGAACGGUUGAAGAAACUGGUGGGGAUGCAUUAUAUUGUAAACCUCCUAACUUUCCACAAGGUUUAACAUCGGAUGACGACAUAACGACGAUGAGAAACAUUAGAUGUAAAGAUGUUUAUGUCAUGGAGGAUGAAAAUAAUGUUAAAUUCACUGCUCAAGAUUUAUAUGAUAAGAAAGCAGACAAAACAGAGCUUCAAACAUUAAAGACAGAAAUACUUCAAACAUUAUAUCCUAUAGGCUCUAUUUAUACGUCAAUGAACUCAACAAAUCCAGCAACAGUUUUAGGUUUUGGUACAUGGCAGCAGAUUGUAGACAAAUUCUUAUACUGUGCUAACUCUUCAAAGCAAACAGGAGGUUCGAAGAAAAUUACUGAAGCAAACCUUCCACCGCACACUCAUACAGGAACUACAAACACAACAGGUAGUCAUUCACAUUCAAUAACAAAAAGAGGUUAUACAAAUCUUGCAGCAGGUUCGGAUAGACAGGGAAUGCAUAGAUAUGAUAUUUCAAGUGACCCAGUAGAUUCAAGCGCAGGUAUUUUCUGUGGAACCGCAGGAAAUCAUUCACACACUUUCACAACAAAUCCAACAGGCUCGGGUGCAGAUUACAUGCCACCAUUUGUGACUGUAUUUGCAUGGUAUAGAGUUCAAUGA